CCUGAUCCCUUCCUCCCCUAGACCUCGGCAUCCCCUUCCCUCACGCUGACGUUGUCUUCUUCUCACUCCUCCUCUUCCUCCUCCUCCUAGUUUCCCGGUCCUGGGGUGCCUUCCCGUGCACAGCAGACAAGGUUGCAGGCUGACCGUCUGACCACAAAGUCUGGGGAGGCAUGCCUGGAGGCCGGGACCUCAUCCUGACGGCUCUGGACAACCUGACCGAAGAUGAGUUCAAGAGGUUCAAAAGCAAGUUGCUGACUGUGCCCCUGCGGGACGGCUUCAACCGCAUUCCCCGGGGGAUCUUGCAGAACCUGGACCGCUUGGACCUCACCGAUAGGAUCGUCAGUUACUACCUGGAGGACUACGGGACAAAGCUGACUGUGCAGGUGCUCCGGGACAUCGGCAUGCAGCAGGAGGCUGUGAGACUCCAGCAAGCAGCUUGAUCUGGUGACGCUCCGGACCCAAGGCCUCCGUCUGUUCGCUAUGCCCCCUAUUCUUUUUGUGUCUGAGAACUGAGACUUUAACCUUGACCCAUCCCGUGCCUUUCUCCUAACUAGAACCUGUGUCCUGACCCCAGGUUCCUGCCCCCAACCACCUGGCCCCCGCAGUUGCACUCCACUUCUGUUCCUCAAACCCUCCCCUAACACACCCAAGUUGGCUAGACAAGCCGUGCUGUGAGAAGUCCUCUAAGACCCAGAGGGAAUUCCAUCUUGAGGGGACUGAAGGAUAAUGAGUCACCUCCUUCACAUUCCAGUCUCUCAUUACAGCCUGAGGCUCAGCACUGACCGAGAGGAGCACGCUGGGAAGCUCCCAUCAGCUUGGACACAGUUGGUGCUCGAUAACUGCUUGUUAAAUUUCAUGGAAUUAUCUACAUUUUGUAUCUCAUCAAGUGUCUAGUGCAGGGGAAGUGGGGAGUGUUGCAGGAGGUGAGAGGGAGAAGCGGGCUAAGGAUAAGGUUCUCCCACAAUAAUCCUUCAAAACGAGAAGAGAACAGAAGACCAGAAAAAUCAAAAACAAGCAGGAAAACUUUGAAAGUUAACUGUUGAAUUGAUUAUACAUAAAAAGAAAGCAAACUAUAUAAUAGCUGUGCAGUUUCAUGGACAAUCCUAUAAUGUUAGACCAUGCAUAUAAAAAUUCUCAUUUUAUUUGGUGUUUAUUAAGAAUAAAAAUAAAGCCAUUUUUAAAAAAGGUCAAA